AUGUCUCUUGGCCCAUGCCUCGAUGCCAGGAGACGGCUCCAGAUGAACGACCUCACCACCUACAACUUGGAAUUGGCGGCGGCCGCACGAAGUUCGCAGUGGACCACGGUUUUGGCUCUCCUCGCUGAGGCGGAAAGCACGCGAGUGCAAGGAGACCUGGUAUCUUUCAACACGGCCAUUUCCUGCCUCAGCCGCACCCGGCGCUGGGAACUCGCCCUGCACCUCUUCGCAGGUUUGCAGAAGUGGAGAAUGGA